AAGACGCCUGAAAUCUUUCGGCGACGCGCUCUCCUCCGCGCGCCCCAUGCCCGCCGUCACGCCCGUUCGCUCUCAGUGCAGUCCUCCCAAUCUGAUGGAGUCGCCGUAGCCAAUCGCACCCAUGGAACCUGCCCGCAGCCGCUGUCCGUAACCACGAUGCCCGAAAUCUCAUGUCCCUCCUCCGUACCCUCGACCGGACCUCCGCAGUCUCACAACACCACGCGCCCUUUCUCUCCUCCCUCUGCUCCCUCUCCUCCCUCUCCUCCCUCUCCUCCCCCCCCUUCCUCCCCUUCCUGUACCCCGCCCUCCAGCCAACGAACGCGUCCCAACGCCGCUUUGCCCACGCGGCAACAAGCCAUGUCUCGCCCACCAAGGCUCCCACCGGCGACCCCAUGGAAGCGCUGUUCGUCCGCGCCCUCGUGCGCGCCGGCUCCUGCUCGUCACACGCACGGCGGGUGCACACCUUGCACAGUGCUGCCCCCCCACCGCCGCAAGACAAGACGCGGCGGAGAAACGUCGCAGAAGACGCCCAACAACACGCCCGGCGAGGCUUCAAGACAAAGACGGCCCGCAAGGGGCCCUUGACCAGGGUGGGGCAGUUUGCAAAGAAAGAGCUCAAGGCCAUGGUCGACUACUACGGCAUCGAGCUGGACACGCGGCCCGAGGACGACGAGCUGGUAGACGAUGGAGGGCCGCUGGUUUGGAAUGUGGGCGACAGCCACGAGCCAUGGCCGCUGCGAGAGGCCACCGACUGGUUCCACAUACGGCGCCUCAAGAAGCUACUCAAGGACGACGAAUCGCCCAACGAAGACGUCUUCGACACGUACAGGAAACUGCCCUCGCCAGGCGUCGUCUACCUCGAUACCGACACGAUUCGAGGCCUUCUGCACCACCUGUCGAUUGUCGAACGCCCCACUCCCCCGGACAUGCAGCGCUUCAUGUCGGUGCUCGACGAUAUGAAACGCGCCCACAUACACAUCAAUCAGGCCGAGUGGACCACUGCUAUCCACUUCGCCGGUCGCUGCAUGGGCCCAGUGUCUGCCGAGGAGCUGGCCUCCGCCUUGAGCCUGUGGCGCGACAUGGAGCACCGAGCUGGGGUCAAAGGCGGCUUCGUGACGCUAAACGUCCUCUUCGACAUUGCAGUCAAGGCCGGGAAAUACACGCUGGCUGACACCUUCCUCAAGGAGCUGCGGGCACGUAACCUCAAGCUGCACCGGCACUUUCGAGUCUCGUUGUUGUACUACCACGGCGUGCUGCGGAACGGCACUGCCGUGAGGCAGACGUAUCAAGACCUAGUCGACGCCGGCGAUAUCGUAGACACUGCAGUCAUGAACGCUGUCGUCGCUGCUCUUUUCCGCGCCGGCGAGCCCGCAGCCGCAGAACACGUCUUUGAGCGCAUGAAGAAGCUGCACGCGGCCAAAGACGUCCCUGCGCCAGGCCACAGGUUUUUCAUGAACCACUGGCGAGACCGACGUGCAGUAGGCCUGCAUUUCACCCACCAGGCUCGAUCGCUCAAGAAGGCCGGGAACCAAGAGCUGCUGCAAGAGCUCCAGGACUAUGCGCCCAUUGCACCCAACUCGCGGACCUAUGCGCUCCUCAUCCGCCACCAUUCCACAGUCAGCGGCGACAUUGACCGCGUGAACGAGCUGCUCAUGGAAGCGCGCAGCUACUCCGUCCCCAUCGAGGGCACCACCUUCAUCGUCAUGUUCCACGGCUUCGCCUCUUUUGGCGGCGUGCGGUACUCGUCCUGGACAGCCGACAAGCUGGAGCGACUGUGGUCGCAGUUCCUGCAGGCCAUUGCGAACAAGACGGACCGGACCUGGCUCUCCGCCUUGGCCGUUAUUGCCGCUUUGAAGGCGUUCAAGCGCUGCACAGAUCUCGAUCGCACGCUCGCCGCAUGGGAGGAGAUCCGGCCCAGCUGGCAGCCCAACGAGCAGGAGCUGGAGAGCGUCAUGCAAGAGCUGCGGAGGAUUGACGUUAAGCCUGGCUUCUUCAGCAAGAACGUUGGAACGCGACGAUGAGUGUAUGGGUGUGUAAUAUAUGACUAGAUUAGACGAGUAUUGUGCGCAACAUGUGACUAGACUGGAUGAGUAUUGCAAUACAAUAACUGAGUGUGCAAGACCGAAUAUCAAAUCUUCGCCUUCAGCUUCGACGCCUGCUU